UCGAAAACAUUAAAAAAAGAAAUAUCCCCAACGCUCUCCUUUCCGCCGGGAGAAAAAGAAAAAAUAAAGGUGGAGGGAAAGGGCAGAGAUGGAUGGCGGCCAUUCCCAUUCGGGUUCCAGGAAUUCAGAUUCUUUUGUCGUUAAAGUGGCAGAGGAGAAGCAGAAAUGGCCGGUCUCGUCUUCCCAAAUGGUAUCUCACUUCGCUACUAGUGGACUCUCCGUUGCUGUUGCCACUGCCUUCACGCACCCCUUAGAUGUGCUCAAGGUUCGACUACAAAUGCAACAUGUUGGCCAAAGAGGCCCCUUGACUGGAAUGGGACAAGUGGCUGUUCAAGUAUUGAAAAAGGAAGGGCCAAAGGCUUUGUAUCUGGGGUUGAUGCCUGCAUUGAUUAGGUCAGUUCUUUAUGGAGGUCUACGUUUAGGCCUGUAUGAACCCUCGAAGUAUGCCUGUAAUUUGGCUUUUGGGUCCACCGAUAUCUUACUUAAGAUUGCAUCAGGAGCAUUUGCUGGUGCAGUUGCAACUGCACUUACUAAUCCAGUCGAAGUUCUGAAGGUCCGGUUGCAGAUGAAUGCAAAUCAGAGACAAGGACCAAUGGCGGAAAUGCGUACAAUUGUUUCUGAAGAGGGAAUAAGAGCUCUUUGGAAGGGGGUUGGCCCUGCUAUGGCGAGAGCUGCUGCUUUGACUGCAUCACAACUGGCAACAUAUGAUGAAACCAAGCAGGUUCUGAUUAGGUGGACACAUCUGGAUGAAGGAUUUCAUCUACAUCUACUCUCGAGUACAGUUGCUGGAACAGUGAGUACUCUUGUAACUGCACCUAUGGACAUGAUUAAAACCCGCCUCAUGCUGCAACGAGAAUCUAAAACAGUUGGAAACUAUAAAAAUGGAUUUCAUUGUGCAUAUCAGGUUAUGCUUAAAGAAGGCCCUAGGGCACUUUACAAGGGGGGCUUUGCAAUAUUUGCAAGAUUGGGUCCGCAAACUACAAUUACAUUUAUACUAUGUGAGGAGCUGCGCAAGCUUGCCGGAUUGGAUGCCAUCUAGGGUAGGGAAUGUCCAUUUACAGUCAUUCCCCAAUACCUGACUUCCGUGGUUUUAUUCAAGUGAAGAAAAGCAGCCCUCACAGCAAGUUCAGAAGGAGGGUUCGCAUGAGAAUUGAGAUGAUUCUGAUAGCAGAUUAUUUUUUUGGCCAUUUGAGUUGGUGACCAAUAUUUAUUUGGGUUCUGGUGAGACUUGCAUUUAUUUGAUUUGAGUUGUAUAAUUAUUUUGAUCAAUGCACAUGUUUUUCCCUGGGGUCGGACUGUAUCAUCAGGCAUACGAGUGAAAUGUGCUGUCAUAUUCACGCCUUCCUGAAUUGUUGUAAUCAGAUUAGGAAAUUAGAGGAUAACCAUUGUAUCUGGUUUUUCUACAGAAAUAAUCGUACCAUCGCUCUCUUCUCCCUCGGCUGUUUCCUGAACAUCAAUUUAUGGUUGAGAAAUAAAUGGGAAGAUUUAUGAGGUCGACUUGUACCAGUUGCAGGUAAAAUUAAGGGGCAAUUAGUGGCCAUGUUGGUGUGUGUGUUUUCUCAACAACACUGUGAUUUGCUUUAGUUGCAAAUAACUUUCCCUUC